CCCACCAGGUGAUCUCGGAGGCGCGGGGUCCCUGCUACCGGGUGCUGCGGGAGGGACGCUGCGCCCUCCCCACCCUGCGCAACAUCACCCGCCAGAUCUGCUGCUGCAGCCGCGUCGGCAAGGCCUGGGGGGGGGGCCUGUCUCCGCUGCCCCCCCUUUGGCUCCGAGGGGUUCAAGGAGAUCUGCCCGGCCGGCCCCGGUUACCAUUAUUCCGCCUCCGACCUCCGCUACGACACCCGGUACCUGGGGCAGGAUCUGGCCCGCGUCCCCCUGGGGCCGCCCCCCGCGCCGCCACCGCCGCCCCCCCCUCGGCCACCCGUGAGCACCCACCUCUCUCCCGCUGGCAGGAGGAACGGCGGCCAGGCCCCCCCCCCAGCACCCGGCUGCCACCCGUCCCCACCAGGCCACCGCUGGCCCCCCAGAGGCCCCCCCCACUGGCCCCCCAGAGGCCCCCCCCGGCCCCCGAGGUCAUCGUGGUGCCGCGACCCACCGUGGGGCUGCUGGGACCCCUCCCCACACGCCAAGGGCCGGGGACAGGGCCCGGCGGAGGCGUGUGCGAGCGGAACCCGCAGGUGUGCGGCCCCGGGCGCUGCGUGCCCCGCCAGGGCGGCUACACCUGCCUCUGCCACCCCGGCUUCUGGCUCAGCACCCAGGGCACCCACUGCAUCGACGUGGACGAGUGUCGGCGCAGCCCCCGGCCCUGCCCCAACGGGCGCUGCGAGAACUCGGUGGGGAGCUACCGCUGCCUCUGCUCCCCCGGCUACCGCCCCGGCGCCGCCGGCACCGACUGCCAAGAUGUGGACGAGUGCGCCCAGAGCCCCCCGCCCUGCGCCCAUGGGCGUUGCGAGAACUUGCCAGGUGGCUACCGCUGCGCCUGCCCCGCUGGCUACCGGGGGAUGGCGCCGGAGGAACCCUGUGAGGACAUCGACGAGUGUGAGAACCACUUGGCUUGUCCCGGCCAAGAGUGCGUCAACACCCCGGGCUCCUUCCAGUGCCAACCCUGCCGCGAGGGCUUCCAGCUGCACCGCGGCCGCUGCGCAGACGUGGACGAGUGCGCGGUGGGCUCCCCCUGCGGCCCCCAAGGCCGUUGCGUCAACACCGAGGGCUCCUUCCGUUGCGAGUGCCAGCACGGUUACCGGGCGGGCGCCGGCGGCGCGCCGUGCGCCGACGUCAACGAGUGCCUGGAGGGCGACUUCUGCUUCCCCCACGGCGAGUGCCUCAACACCGAGGGUUCCUACACCUGCCUCUGCGCCCAGGGCUACGCCAGCACCCCCCAGGGCACCGCCUGCGCCGACGUGGACGAGUGCCAGCGCGGGGGGGUCUGCGAGGGCGGCCGCUGCACCAACACCGACGGCUCCUUCGAGUGCCAGUGCCCGGCGGGUUUCCGCACCGACGCCGACAAGGCCCUGUGCCAGGACGUGGACGAGUGCCAGGAGUACGGCGCCAGCCUCUGCGGCGCCCAACGCUGCGAAAACAUCCCCGGCUCCUACCGUUGCGUCACCGACUGCCAGCCCGGCUACCGGGCCGGGGACGGCGGGGACUGCGUCGACGUGGACGAGUGCCAGGAGUACGGCGCCAGCCUCUGCGGUGCCCAGCGCUGUGACAACGUCCCCGGCUCCUACCGUUGCGUCACCGACUGCCAGCCCGGCUACCGGGCCGGGGACGGCGGGGACUGCGUCGACGUGGACGAAUGCGCCAACAAGACCUUGUGUGGGGCUCACGCCACCUGCCACAACCUCCCCGGCUCCUUCCAGUGCGCCUGCGACCCGGGCUACGAAACCGCCCGCCGUGGCCACCACUGCGUGGAUGUGGACGAAUGCGAGACCCUCCGUGGGGUGUGUGGGGCCGAACGCUGCGAGAACGUCGAAGGCUCCUUCCUCUGCCUCUGCCCCGACAGCCGGCAGGAGUUCGACCCCGUGACGGGGCGCUGUGGGCCUCCCCCCCGGCCCCCCAAAACCCCCUCCAGCCCCACGGCGCCGCCGCCGCCGCCGCCGCCGCCGCCUCCUGCUUCACAAGCUUGCGGGGUGCUGGCACCCAACGUCACCCAGCAGCAAUGCUGCUGCAGCCUGGGCUGGGCCUGGGGCACCCAGUGCCCCGCGCCCCCCUGCCCGCCCCCCGGCACUGCCCAGCACCUGGCCAUCUGCCCCCACGGGCCGGGCCGGGCGGCCGACGGUCCCCAGGGCACCCCGGCAGACGUGGACGAGUGCGGGCUCUUCGCCCCCCAGCUCUGCCGGGGGGGGGUUUGUCUCAACGCCGCCCCCGGCUUCAGCUGCUACUGCCCCAGCGGCUACUACUACGAGCAGGAGCAUCUGCAGUGCGUGGACAACGACGAGUGCGGGGCGGCGGAGGCCGAGCCCUGCCUGGGGGGCCGCUGCGUCAACACGGUGGGCUCUUACUAUUGCUCCUGCCCCCCCCCGCUGGUCCUGGACGCCUCCCAGCGCCGCUGCGUGGCCAACGACACCCUCCUGGAGGCGGCGCAGGCGGUGUGCUGGCAGGAGGUGGGGGUAGACCUGGUGUGCGGCAGACCCCGGCUGCAGGGACAGGUCACCUACACCGAGUGCUGCUGCCUCUACGGGCAGGCCUGGGGCAUGGACUGCGCCCUCUGCCCCGCCCGCCACUCAGACGACUUCGAGCUCCUCUGCAACGUGCUGCGCCCCCCAGCUAUGGCCCCCCCCGCGCCCCCCGCCUACGAAUACGCCCCCGACUUCGCCCCCCCUUACGGCCUCCCUUACGGCCCCGGCUUUUUCGGGGGCCCCCCCUUGGGCCCCCCCCCGGGCCUGCGCUCCGACUACGACCCCUACGGCUUCGGGGGGGGGGCGGCGGCGGGGGAUACGGCCCCCCCCGGGGGGGGGGACCCCUUUACGCCCCCCCCGUGGGCUACGAGGGGGAGGAUUUUGAGGACCCCCGACGCCCCUUCGCCCACACGGCCCCGGGGGCCCCGUUAUGAGCCCCCCCCCGGCCCCCCCUGGCCAUACCAGCCCCACGGCACCGGGGGGGACGGCCAGGAGGAGGAGGAGAGGAAGAGG